GAAGAUAGUAUUUCUACUCAAGCUAUGCAUCAUUGAAAGCUGGACUUUCUACGUGCCUUACGUGGUGUUCAACAGACACUUGUGGCUGGUUUAGACUACUGAAUGCAGAAGAACAACGUGGUACUCCAACCAUAAUUUUUAGUGAAGACAACUCCAGUGGUGGUUGAGAGUUGGUGGUUUAGAUGAAGGGAGGACACUUUGCUGUGGAGGAUUCGAGUUUGGUGUACACAGAGAGGACGUAACGCCUGGCCCCAGGUGUACUAGUACUAGGAUUGGAGAUGGAUCUUUGCGGAUGCCUCGGAGGAGACAAGGACAUCCAGGUGCAGAUUUGCCUGCUGGAUGGCACUGACAUGGUCCUGACCAGAGAACGCGACGGCAUCAAGAAAUCCAGUAAGGGACAGGUGCUCCUGGAUCUUGUCUUCAAGAAGCUCCAUCUGUUAGAGAAAGACUUUUUUGGCCUGAGGUACCUGGACAGUCAGGACCAGACGCACUGGUUAGAGCCAACCAAGCCCUUCAGUGAUCAGAUGGAAACCCCCCCACCCUACCGUCUAUACUUCGGAGUGAAGUUUUAUGCCGAGGACCCGUGUAGACUUCAUCAAGAAAUCACAAGGUACCAGUUUUUCCUACAGGUAAAACAGGACAUCUUGCAGGGGAGACUGCCAUGCCAGGCUAACGAGGCAGCACAGCUGGCUGCAUAUGCUGUCCAAUCGGAGCUGGGUGACUUUGACCCCAGGAAGCACACGGGGAACUACGUGUCAGAGUUCAGGUUUGUCCCCAAUCAGACAGAAGAAAUGGAGAAGCGCAUUGCCAACAUUCACAGAGAUCUCGUCGGUCAGGUGCCGUCAGAAGCAGAGCUGAACUACCUGAGUCUGGGCAGGGUGCUGGAGAUGUACGGAGUGGACCUGCAUCGUGUAAUGGGUGAUGACCAUGUACAGUAUUACUUGGGGCUCAUGCCCAGAGGGGUGGUGGUUUACAAGAACAAGACAAAAGUCGGCAUGUAUUUCUGGCCAAGGAUAACCAAAAUCUUGUUCAAGGACAGGCAGUUUUUUCUCAGGGUUCGGACAAAAGAUAAUGAUGAAAUCACGUACACAUUUGAGCUGUCAAACCGGGCGGCCUGCAAGCACCUGUGGAAGUGCUGUGUGGAGCAUCACGCCUUCUUCAGGUUAAACGAGGUCGCUGAUGUGCCUGGAGCCAAGACUUUAAGUUUCCAGUCCCAGUUCAGAUACAGAGGAGAGACAGGCUCUAAUGUUGGCAGCGGCAGGACUGCCAAGCAGGCCCAACAGGACAGUGAAGCCAUACAGCAGCCGGAACCUUACGUGGAACGAGCACCCAGCAAGCGGUUUGACAGGAGAGGGGGAGAUGAUGCCAAUGGUGAGGUGUACAAAGAGAACCCCUCUGACAUCACCAUGCCAACAUCACCUGAUGGGGUAACCAUGGUGAUGGCCCCGGAACCUGUAUCAAGUGGGAAGCAAUAUGCCAACGGGACAGCUCCAGGGUCAGCGGUGAGUGCCAGGUCUCUGCCCUGGGAACAGAGGGACGAAACUCAAGGUGGGCUGUUCACCUCCGGAGGCUCCCCCCGCUCCACGAGAAGCGUGGCGUCCAGCAAGAAGUUCCCGCGGUACCCGAAGAGCGGCAGCGACAGUGAAGGCCCGCGUAGAAGAAGACACCGGCGAGCAUACAGCAGUGGUAUGUCAUCAGGCGACGACACUGACGCCCCAAGGAGAAGACGGUCCCGAGGGCGCAGUGGCCAGAGCAGUGGCAGCGAGUCGGAGGCCAACAGAAAACACCGGAAACACAGAUCACGCUACUCUCAGCAGAUGGUGGACUCCCACCAACAGUGGGAGGAGAUCAGGAAACAACAGGAGGGACAGGAAGUCGUCGGGCAGGGGGUACAAGCUGCUGUAGUAAAGGACCUGAAGAAAAGACAUGAGUCUCCACACCGCAGGAAACACAGAUCCAGAUCACGAUCGCCUGACAAGAUGAAGGAACUCUGGAAGCAUAUCCAGAAAGACCCCAUAGACACUGCAGGCAUGACAGAAGACCAGCUCAAGGAUAUCACUUACAAGGAGGUUGACCUCCCGAAGUUGAAGCAGUCUCCGGGAUACCGCCGUCGACGCCCGCGAUCUAUCGGCCGGUCAGACCAGGAGACGCCGCACCAGAGCGAUGUAGAGCUGAAGAUGGUUCCCGCGCUCCCAAUCACACACGGAUACCAGAGCGGGAACGAGUCAGUCCGCUCCAACCCGGCGCACCCCCCGCAGGACGACCAGCCCCCGCCGCCCUACACCCCGCCUCAGCACAGCACGCCGCGCAAGAACCCGGAGGGACGACGCACUGCCAACAACGAGCAGCGCCCGAUCUCACUUCCCACAGAGGUGCUGUUAAAGAUGCAGCAGACAGGCUACCCCGGCCUGUCGGACCAGCUCACUAACGGGGAGGACAUCAGCAAGUCCGUGUUUGAGGUGGACUCAAGAAGAAACGAGCCAGCUUCCAUACAUGGCAUGAGCAAGUCUUCUGCGGUGUUAUCGGGUGAGACGAGGAGAGACAGUCCUGCGUCCCUACGGGGUGCGGAGGAGGCGAGGUGGAGGUCAGAGAUCAGGACGGGAUCAUCCAAUCAGCAGCUGGACAGGAGGCAGCCGCCCGACGGGAGAUACCAUAAUGGCGCGCCCCUGUCCAAUCAGGAUCUCCGACCACCAUUUAAGGAGAUAGGAAAUGGCAGGAUGGAGCCAGCUCUACAAGAAGUCAGAAGAACACCCCCUACAGUGGACCGGUCCGACCGAUCAGCCUUCCAGACCCUGCCGCCAUCCAAGCACCUCCCUACCUCGACAAACGGUACCGCUAGAUCGACGAACGGACGCGCGUACCCGGACGCUGGGCAGAUGCGUCACACUCCAUACUCCAACAGCCGCGGAGUGACGCCACCCUACCAGCCUCCCUCCGCCAGCCACCAGCAGCCUUCACGUCUGCAGCAGAACUUCUACAAGAACAACGGCCGCAACGCCGCGCCGUACGGGAGCAGGACUUCCGCUCAUCACGGCGUGCCGCGGGGGGAGGGUGUGUACGCGCCGCAGCCGUUCCGCGCGGUCCGUGACGGCCCGGAGGAGCUGGAGCGACAGAUUAGGAUGAUGAUGCAGGCGCCGAACAGACACCACGAGUUAGCGACAGAGUUGUAGCACGAGAUGUAGCACGAAUUAUAGCACGAGAGAGUACAUGUUUUAGGUACAGGGAAAGAAACAUGCCUGUAGCAGGCCUCGAAAUUAAGUUUGCAGAGUAGACAGGGGAUCCAAAUGCCUGAUAAACGAAAGAAGGGCUGAUUAUUUUUUUGAUUUAUUAUUUUUAUUAUGGUACUGAAAAUGUCCCAAAGUGUCUUUUUAGUUGUCCCAGCCUAAAUUUUAGUGGUCA